AUAAGCAGUCUACGUCUACUUUUGUUAUGAAUGAUGAUACCACGUUUUUGUACUUUGCAAUUGAGACUACAUGAGAUUGUGAUCAAGUUGUACUCCGUAUCUUACUCCAUAUAGUCAUUGUGCUGUGGCGAUGGACAUGAUGUGUCAUAGCUAUGUAGUCGUAUGUUCAAGGUAUUAAGUUAUGAUGCAGUGGCAAGAUAAUAGCCAGGUCCAAGUGAGAGAGAGUUUGGUUUAUCUGAUCUUUUAUGGGGGAGGUUAUCCUUCUAUGACGUGCUCUACGACACUGUUCAUUAAGAUAUUGUAUAGAAGCAACAACAAAUAUAUACCUACCGCUCCACAGCGCCAUGGAACACAGCAUCUGGACAAUCAGGGGCUAACUGGCUCAAGAGCGAUUCAAGCAUUCUCCAGCUUCUGCUUACCAGCGAAUCAUUAUCAUCCUUCAAUAACUUCAUCCACAACAGUCGUGUAAGUGUCUUCCGGGAGCUCCGGAGGCUGUGCAAUUCCAGUGGAACCGCGAUAAAAAAAAAAAAAGGAACG